AUGGCCUCCCUCCGACCCCGUGCCCUCCCUCUCUCAGUCCGAGCCCUCCGCUCAACCCUCCGCUCAACACGGCCCUCACCAAACCACUUCCCCUCCGCACCCGCAUCCGCCCCAUCAACCCGCGCGCACUCAACAUCUUCCGUCUCCGCCGAUGAACUCUCUCACUUCUCCGGCCUCGCCAGCUCCUGGUGGGACCCAAUGGGCCCCUCCCGAAUCCUGCACCUAAUGAACCCCCUCCGCCACGAAUUCAUCGCCUCCUGCCUAGCAGAAGGAACCUCAUCACCAGACCCGACCUCCUCCACCGCAACCCUCAACUACCUCGACGUAGGCUGCGGCGGCGGCAUCUUCGCCGAGUCCCUGGCACGCACAAUCCCCCUGGACCCAACCGGCCCAGCACCCACCCCAACCCUCGCCGCCUCAAUGACCGCAAUCGACCCCUCAACGGACCUAAUCCAAAUGGCGCGCGAGCACGCGCGCAUGGAUCCAACCGUCGACACGCACCUGCGCACAGGUCGCUUCAAGUACCUCAACACGACGCUGGAGGAUGUACUUGCCGGCAACGCUGGCACUCCGACAAACCCAACACCAAACUCCAGCUCUCCCUCUACCGAACUCAAACUCACCCCCCAAUACGAUAUCGUAACCCUAUUCGAAGUGCUCGAACACAUCGACCCGAAAACCUCAACACCGCUAAGCUUCCUGACAAACUGCCUGCGCGCGCUCAAGCCCGGCGGGUGGCUAAUUGGGUCUACUAUUUCGCGGACGCUGCCGUCGUUCAUCCUGAACCAGGUUAUUGCUGAAGCGCCGUGGCCGAUUGGUGUUGUGCCGCGCGGGACGCAUGAGUGGAGCAAGUUUGUCAACCCGGAUGAGGUUAAGGGGUGGUUGCAGGAGGGGUUGAUGAGGGCUGCUGAUACGGGUGUUUCGAGAGGUGGGAGUGCGGUUGCGGAGGGGAUGAGGUGGAAGUGUGUUGGUGCUAUUUAUGUUCCUGGGAUUGGGUGGAAGAUGGUGCCUGGGAGUGAGGAUUGGGGGAAUUAUUUCUGGGCAGUUAGGAAGGAGAUUUAG